AUGGUUUUGCUUUAUAUUUACUGCGAAGUACUUGUUGGUACUUCAGGGGCUGAGGCCCUUACAUACAAGAAACGUAAGCAAGAUAGUAUGGAAACAUCUAGUAUAGAUAACCCAGGGUUUGACAGAAAAAAUAAAAAGGCAAGAACUUCAGCUACCGAAGAAGAAGAAAAUUUGGCUGAAAUUUGGGGAACAAGCUAUAAAGAUGCAAAAAACAAGGAGUUGCUCCAAACAGUAGGCCAGAACUCAGACAACACAGUUAAUAUUGCAAGCAGUAGUAGUAUGCAGGAAAAUAUAGCAGAAACAAAGUUGAGAAAACCAAAGUGGUAA